UGGGUCGGCUCACAGCAAUGUCCCAGUCAAUUCAGAGUUAUGACCACUUCCUCGAGGGCGGGGCUUGUGCGUCCCACCCGCUCGUCGAUUUUUUAGGUGGCACCCGGGGAGACGCUGCGAGUGUGAUUGUGUAGCUGAUUCGUGCAGGCGGAGGCAAGAACAAGAUGUAAUAUCGUCUGGGGUUUAUUCACCUUUUCAUUGUGAAGCAUUUUCAGUUAAUAAAGGUCUCUUCCUUAAAGCACAAUAACGAGAAACUGGAGUAUGUGAUUGUAUGGAAUUUCAUGACCAGCACUCCCAGACUUCAUACAGCAAGGAGCAGCGCAAUUAUCAGAAGGGCAAUAAAGACAGCGUUCAAGGAAAACCCGCAGACUGUAGAGACACACUGGAGUUCUUACUUGAGGCACCUAUUUACAUUUUCCACUCAACACACUGAGUACUUUCAUCAGUAAUGGUUCUAAAGAGCAAAUUUUUUUAUUAGCCUUUUUUUUCAGUUAAAUUUUAAAUACUACAAGUGCAGAAUAUAAAGUUGACGCAACAAAAUUUUGUGUAGAUGCUUUCUAAACUGACUAGUUUCCAGUGUGCAGAUGCAUCUGAAUUUACUCUUCUUCCGGAGGGCAUAAGUCUGUGUACACAAUGUGCUAAAGUUCUCUGACCCUGAUAGAGCAUAGCAAAAUAAUUUACAUUUCACCAGUUAUCAUUGCUGUGAAAACUUGCCUACUGACAUGUCUGAUACAGAAAGACAGUCCCCACCUGUGCCCACCUCUGGUUCUGAACUGGUGCCCCAUUUAAUGUCUAUGGGGAAGAAGCUACUGCUUCUGUUGCCCAUAUAUUUAUGUGGUUAUUUGGGGAUGAGCAUAUUCUUUGUGAUUGCUGGCCUGUUUUUGUACCUGGGCUGGAAGGGUUCUCGUGAGAACAAGUUGAGUAGACUGAGAUCUGCUCAGGAGGCACUGGAGAAAGAAGUAGCCAACACUGCCAGCACCAUGUUUAUGAACAAGAGCGCAUUACCAUCCUGGGUCUCAUUCCCUGACACUGAGAAGGCAGAAUUCCUCAACAAGAUUAUAGCUCAGAUGUGGCCUUUUAUAGGACAGUAUUUGGAGAAGUUGCUUACAGAUAGUAUAGCACCCACAAUCCGUGCCAGCAAUACACAUCUAUCAACAUUCUACUUCACAAAAAUCAAUGUUGGUGAGAAGGCUCCAAAGGUGACUGGAGUGAAAGCUCAUACACAAUUUGACAAGAAGCAGAUAAUUCUGGAUAUGCACCUCAGUUAUGUUGGUGACAUAGAAGUAAACAUAGAAGUAAAGAAAUAUUUCUGCAAAGCUGGAAUUAAGGGGAUGCAGCUGCAUGGGAUGCUCCGUGUUAUCCUGGAACCACUCAUUGGAGAUGUUCCUAUAGUUGGAGCCAUAACAUUAUUCUUCAUCCGUCGUCCGGUCCUAGACAUCAAUUGGACUGGACUUACAAAUCUACUGGACAUCCCUGGACUUAAUUUGAUGUCUGACACAAUGGUUAUGGAUAUUAUCUCUGGCUUCUUGGUGCUGCCAAAUCGUCUAGCCAUCCCCUUAACCAGUAAUCUUCAUGUGGCAGAACUACGCUCCCCACUACCCAGGGGCAUUGUCCGCAUUCAUCUUUUGGAAGCGCGGGACCUGAGUGCCAAGGAUCUCCAACUGAAAGGACUGUUAGCUGGAAAGUCAGACCCAUAUGCCAUCGUGCGAGUAGGGACACAGGUUUUUAACAGUCAAAUCAUUAAUGAGAACUUGAAUCCUGUCUGGAAUGAGAUGUAUGAGGUAAUUGUGCAUGAGGUUCCUGGGCAAGAGCUAGAAGUGGAACUUUUUGACAAGGAUCCUGACCAGGAUGACUUUUUGGGCAGAGUGAAGUUAGAUCUGGGUGAGGUGAAACAAAAUGGUUCUCUGGACAAGUGGUUCCCCCUAAGCGAUACAAAAUCAGGGAAGCUACAUCUCAGACUGGAAUGGCUUACACUCAUGUCCAAUGCUUCACAGCUUAAAAAGAUAUUAGAGAUCAACAGAGAGAUAACUGCUAAAACACAAGAAGAACCCUCCGCAGCAAUCCUGAUCGUUUAUUUAGACCGGGCACAGGACCUUCCUCUUAAGAAGAAUGUCAAGGAACCAAGCCCAAUGGUGCAACUGUCCAUACAGGACAUGACAAAGGAGAGUAAGACUGUGCCUAGCAAUAGCUCUCCGGUUUGGGAAGAGCCAUUCCGCUUCUUCUUACGUGAUCCAAACAUUCAAGACCUUGAUAUUCAGGUGAAAGAUGAUGAUCGUCAGCACUCUCUGGGCUCUUUGUCAAUACCUCUGUCCCGGAUCCUGUCUGCUGAUGAUCUUACAUUAGACCAGUGGUUUCAGCUGGAGAACUCUGGAUCUAGGAGCCGAAUCUACAUGAAAUUAGUCAUGCGGAUACUGUAUCUAGAUCCAGCAAACACCCUUGUGACUGCAGAUCCGGAGAGCAUAAUUGCUGAGGAAGCAGGAUCUAGUGUGGAUAAUCCCCCAAGACCAAGCCAAACUACAGUUCCUGAGAACUUUGCUACAGAAAAAUUGCUUAGAAUCUUCAUACUGGAAGCAGAAAACUUGAUCGCCAAAGAUAACCUAAUGGGAGGUUUGGUUAAAGGGAAGUCUGAUCCCUAUACAGUUCUUUCCAGUGGAGGGAAAAAAGUACGCACACGCGUUGUGGAGAAUAACUUAAAUCCGUGCUGGAAUCAAGCUUUUGAGAUACUGGUUACUGAUGUCCCAGGGCAGGACCUUAUGUUUGAUGUGUUUGAUAAAGAUGUGGACAAAGAUGACUUUUUGGGAAGCUGUAAAAUUAGCGUGAAGGAUGUGGUGAAACAGAAAUUCAUUGAUGAGUGGCUCGUGUUAGAGAAAGUAAAAUCUGGCAAACUCCACGUCAAAUUGGAAUGUCUAUCACUCGUUGCUGACUCUGCCCAGAUUGAUCAGGUACUGAUGUUGAACAGCCUGUCUCAGCCAGCCCACAGUGAUAACUUUUCUGCAGCUCUUCUCUUUGUUUUUAUAGAAAGAGCCAGUGGCCUGCAGAUGCGGAAAGGAGACAAAAAUCCAUCACCAAGUGCAGAAUUAAAACUGAGGAAAGAUGUAUACAAGACCAAGGUUGUUCAAAAAACAAUUGCACCAGCAUGGGAAGAAAGCUUUGUGUUUCUCCUGAAAACUCCUCAUAGUGAGGAACUGGAGCUUAUGAUUCGGGAUGAGGGUAAAGGCUCCCUGGGUUCCCUCACUAUACCUCUUUUGGAUCUCCUAAAUAAAGAAGAUCUUACCAUGGAUGGAUGGUUCCCAUUGAGUACCACUGGGGCUCACAGUGAAAUUCUCAUGAGAUUACAGAUGAGGGUUUUGGUUUCUCCCAGCCCACAUAAAGAAUCAGAAGUGGAUAACAGCCAGCCUACAGUGGAAGACUUUAGCCUCAAUAGACAGUCUACAGAGGGGGAGCUCCGUCAGAGGCAGCAGCUUACAAACAGUGACAUGGAGCCCAUUGCCUCACAAUUUGGUCAAUUAUGUUUGACCCUGUAUUGCCCUGCAAAGGAUGGCAGACUGGUGGCUAUUGUAUCCAAAUGCAGAAAUCUCUGCAUGUCUGCCAAAGAGCCGCCAGAUCUUUAUCUUUCAGUCAUCUUGCUUCCAGACAAAUCUCGAUCAACAAAAAGAAAAACCAGUGUGAAGAAACGCACCCACAAUCCUGAGUUUAAUGAAAAAUUUGAAUGGGAAAUGUCACUAGAAGAGGCCCAAAAAAGGAAACUUGAGAUAUCCGUAAAGAACAGUGUAUCGUUUAUGUCAAGGGAGAAGGAGCUGCUUGGAAAGGUCCUGAUUGACCUCUCUGAUGUGGACCUAGCAACAGGACAGAAUGGAUGGUAUGAUGUGGAUCCUGAAAGAACGAGUGUCUAAUUUGGUUCUGUGAAACAUUUUGAGGGAGAGCUCCCAGCCUGGCAAUGCUUCUGUCCUAUCCAAUCCAAUCUCCCAAAUCUUUGGAGGUCAAGGAAGGACAUCUGUGGUGCCUGCUUUAUUCUGCAUUUAAUUAAAGCUUUCUAGCUGAAUGUGCUUAAUGAUACUCGUGCCACUUGUACAGACACCUAAGCAGUGCCUCUAAUGCUCUAUUUUAAACCUAAAGGCAACUUACACAUAGUUAAUGCUUUAAAGCAGGAGUCCCCAAACGCCAGGCCGCGGACACUCCUGCCCUGGGUCGCUGAGCCCAGUGCGCAAAAACGAGGCACGCCAAAUUUUAUGCCAGCGCGUCCAAAUUUGCUGCCAACCCCAUGCCGACCCCCCCCCCGGUCCAAAAAAGUUUGGGGACCCCUGCUUUAUAGGAUACACAAUGGCUAUUUAUACCCUGUUCAGAAGUACCACUUAAACUUUUUUGUAUUGCUUAUUUGCAGUUAUAUAGAAAUGCUUAAUGAAUAACCAUCCAUCACACAUAUAUACUUUUAUGCUGCUUUACCUCAAUACCAAAUCAGUAUUUUUUACUCUGCACAUUCCUUGUCCCUUUUGUGAACUGCAAGAAUUAAGAAGUGAUAGGUGGAAAUAUUCGACUUAAUAUACACAAUUCCCGAGUACAAGGCUCUAUAGUGUCUCUCACAGAUGUUACAGACCCCUGCAAAACAUUGUAGUUCAUAGCAUUUUAAAGCUUCUUGUUUACAUAUUUUAAGCAUUUUGUAUCUUUUCUUUUUUUUUACUUUGUGACAAUUUGUCAUUUUAUAUUGAAAAAAGCAACUUAUUAUCUCAGCCACAAGAUAAUGACAGAUAUGGGUGAAGGCAAUCUUCAUAUUGGAAGUACAAUCAUUCCUAUAUAAGUGUGAAACAUUCCUAAAGUGUGAACUACUGUAUAUUCUGACCAGUUUCUUGGCUCACUUCACUAUGUUUAGAUGUGUGGGAAGCAGUUUCAUGUGUAGCCAUUUAUCUACUGGCUAAAUUACUGUAUAGGUUACUGGGAAGGUAUCUGCCUACGGUAUAUAUAUUCUGCUUCAUUCCACAGUGGUUUUUAACGCCAGACUUGUCUAAAUGUUCAAUUAAUGGCUCUCCAGCUCUCAGUUACAUCUCUCUGCCAUUGGCUCAUCUGUGCCAUUGUCUUAUUUUAGCUGCUGAGAAUACACAACAGAAUGGCUAUAAAUUUAAUUCUCAAGUUCAAUAUUGGCCAAGUAGCGAACUCCAGUCAGCUGCUUAACAUUUUACUUUCAACCCUCCCUAGAACUGUGUCAUAGUUACAUAGAUGGGAUGAAAAAAGGUCACUUGCAUAUCAGGUUCAGUCCUUGAAUGUACUAUAGGUAACCCAAAGAUCCCCCAUAGCUAAUGCCAAUUGUGCCUCCAGAGCAGGAAAAAGAAUGUUUCAUUCCUAGACCACGCAUAUUUUGUUUGUCUUAUAGUAUCUUGCCCAGUAGAAUAUGCAGACUUGGUGCCUUUAAAGGAAUUGUUCAGUUUAAAAAUAAAAACUGGGUAAAUAGGCUGUGCAAAAUAAAAAAAUGUUUCUAAUAUAGUUAGUUAGCCAAAAAUGUAAUGUAUAAAGGCUGGAGUGACUGGAUGUGUAACAUAAUAGCCAGAAUACUACUUCCUGCUUUUCAGCAGGAAGCGACUGAACAAUAUAAAUCUAAGGCUGGUCAGUAUCUGACGCACCAUCAAGUUCAAGUUUAGAAGCCAAUGCUAAAUCUAAUAACUCUUUGACAUUCUCAGCAGGUCUUAAACACCACCUUUAAAAUACAUUCAUGUCUUCUGAUUUUUGUAAAAGCUGCUUCAUGUCUGGUGAGUUUCUACAAAGUGAUUUACCCCCAUCUAUUUGGGGUGACAUACUGUUGGCUGUCUUUUAUGGGCAUUGGCAUCUUGCACUCUGUGAUUCACUCUCUCUCCUGUCCUUUUCUAUAAAAGCCAAAAAUAUGUUGUUUUUGUUACAUUUUAUUCUGUUCCUUAUAUUUAAAGGGAGGGAGCAACAUGAAUAACCCUCUUAUAUUAGUUCACAUACUGUGGUUAUGUCUAUGGUUUUAAUUUUUCUGCUGUUGAAAUUCUGCAGUUUCCUCUGUUUACCAGUUUACACGUGUUAUAUUCCAGACCAAUGUACCAAACACUCAAUAAAUGUUCAUUCUGUGUCAAA